AUGUUUCUAAAACACUUUUACAGCGGUGCUGUGCUUAGUGCCGUUGGGGCGCUGGGCUUUAACAGUCAUUACAACGAUCAAAGCUGCACGAGCGCUACUUUUUCAGCUCUUGGUCUUCCCGACAUCGAAAUUAUCAGUCUGAAUGUGACAGUCUCCCUUAACGAGUCUGUUGCAGGUCAAAACGCACCUGGAGAUGCCAACAUUAUUUUUGCGCCUACCGGUAACGGUCCUUCGAAUGUUGAUUUGUGCAGGAUCACGGUGAAGUACACGCAUCCAGGUCAAAAUGAUACCAUAAACACUUACAUUGGUCUGCCUCUGGAUCCCACCAAUUGGAACUCACGAUUUGUCAUGAACGGCGGAGGAGUGUGGGUUGCCGGCACGCCCGACGUCGUCUUGGAACCUGUCUCGAAUGGUUUCGCGUCAACUUCGACCGAUGGAGGCCACGACAACAGUUUGCAAGUCUCGGAGUGGGGCCUCACCAGUCCAGGUCAUGCAAACAUCGUUGCCUUGAAGGACUUUGCAAGUGUUGCAUUGGAGGAAGCCGCAAAAUUGGGGAAAUCUGCUACGUUGCUAUACUAUGGCACCCGGCCAGAAUAUUCAUACUGGAAUGGAUGUUCCACCGGUGGUCGUCAAGGUCAUAUGGCUGCUCAGCGUUUCCCAGAAGAGUUUGACGGCAUCAUUGCUGGAUGCCCUGCAAUUAACUGGGACAAGUUUCCCCUGUAUGAAUUCUGGCCUGUUCUCAUGUCCAAUAUACUUGACGUUCGGCCCCCAGCUUGUGUUCUUCAAGCCUUCACAUCCAGUGCCAUCGCGGCAUGUGAUGACUUGGAUGGCGUCAAAGAUGGUAGUAUCUCUUUGCCUGGUCAGUGUCGCUUCGAUGCCAUGUCCAUGGUAGGACAGACCGUCAACUGCACCGCCCCUGAAGGAACGAUACAAAUUACAGAGAAGAUGUCCGAGCUUGUUAAUUUCAUCUGGGAUGGGGCAUCUAGUGUUGAUGGCCAAUUCGAAUGGUACGUGAACAAUUGCUCUGUCACGCCAUUCACCGUCGCAGAUACCUGGAUCACGACUUUUUUGGCCCAAAAUUCUUCAUAUGACCUGAAGAAUAUGUCUCAUGCCGAAUUCGAUUCAUUCUUUCAGCAGUCAGUAAACCAGUACCGUUCUAUAAUUGGAACAGAUGACUACAAUCUAGGAAAACUAAGAGCUUCCGGCACCAAGAUGAUUACCUGGCAUGGCAUGCAAGACCAGCUGAUUCCUCCCAACGGCACAAUUGAUUAUUACGACAAAGUCCAGAAGAAUUCACACAAUGGCAACGUCACUGACUACUAUCGACUGUUCCUAGCCCCCGGGGUUGGCCAUUGUGGUCUUCUUUCCACUGGCUUAGAUCCCAGUAACACAAUCUUCUCAGCCAUCAGAGCAUGGGUUGAGAAUGGGACGGCACCCAACACUAUUCAGGGGACUGGGCUUGCAAUUGCGCCGUCCAACACGGAUGAAAUUCGGUCGAUUCAACUCUGUCCCUAUCCGUCAAUUCUUACUUUUACAGGAGCGAAUCCCAACGAGGCUUCAUCAUUCAGUUGUGUAUAA